GCAUUCUGGACGACGACGACGAGCUGGUGCAGCAGUACUACCAGAACCGGGCGCUGGACAGCUUCAGCCUCACCUGUCUGGGCAUCGUCUACACCGUGCUCAUCUUCAUCGGCGCCAUCGGCAAUGGGCUGGUCUGUCUGGCGGUGGCCCGCCAGCCGAAGAUGCGCACCUCGCGCAACCUCUUCAUCAUCAACCUGGCCAUCUCCGACCUGCUCCUCUGCUUCUUCACCAUUCCCUUCUCCCUGGUGGAGAUCUCCACCAAGUCUUGGCCUUACGGUGAGUGUAUUGCCAUGUGCAAGCUGGUGCUGGCGCUGGAGGCGACCUCGAUCUUCGUCUCUACGCUGAGCAUCACCGCCAUUGCCCUGGACCGGUACCAGGUGAUACUGCACUCGAUGAACCCGGUGGACCAGUCACAUCGCAGCUCCUUUCCGCACAUUGCCAAGCUGCUGGUGAUCUGGAUGAUUGGCACGCUGCUCGCACUGCCGCUCUUUCUAUUUCGCACCGUCGAGGUGCAUAACAUUGGCAUCAAGGAGAUCGACCCGAUCAAGUACUGCAUCGAGAAGUGGCCCAUCACCCACGGCCGUUUUUACUACUCGGUCUUCUCCAUGCUCAUACAGUACUUCGUGCCGAUCACCAUCGUCUCGGUGGUGUACACGCGACUGUGCAUUAAACUGCGCUCGAGGACGAUGCGCCGUACCUCGACGACGCAGCUGCCCAACCUUCGCAAUCGACUGCAGCGGCGGGCACGGCGCACCAAUAUGCUCCUCAUCUCCAUUGCACUCAUCUUCUGCAUAUCUUGGUUACCGCUGAAUGCACUGAACGUCAUCUGUGAUCUCAAGUUUCCUUUUGAAAAUGACAGCACUUUUCGCAUAACCUUCGCCGUCUGCCACAUGGCUGGAAUGUCUUCCUCUUGUUCCAAUCCCUUUCUCUACGGCUGGCUGAACCAAAACUUCCGCAACGA